GUGUGCGUGGAAAACACGUCCUCGAAGGCACAGAAAGCCCCUCCAUUAUUGCGGCGGCUUCCUCCCAUCCUCUGCCUCGGCGAAGAAGAAGCCAUCCGCGCAGACCUCGGAACAUCACCGGCUCCAAAAUUCCAAGUGUUCUGCGGCCCCGAAUGGCGUCACCUGAUUGGCCGAGAGCCUAUCAAUCACGGCUUUAGCCGCACCCCUCCCCCCAUUCAACCACUCGCCUCUCUGUUCCAGUGUGUUUACUACACUGCCGAGCAUAAGGGGAGACACUCGUCUUCACAUGCACUGAACCCACUAAGAAAACCAGUUUUUAGUUGUAUUUGUAAGGAAACCUCCAAGAGAUCAACAUGCCCAAGAGAAAGGCACAGGGAACAGAAGGAGGAGACAAGGAGGAGCCCCAGAGGAGAUCAGCUCGGUUAUCGGCGAAACCAGUUCCUCCUAAGCCGGAGCCAAAGGUGAAGAAGGCGGCAAAGAAAGAAAAGGCGGUGAACGACAAGAAGGAGGACAAGAAGACCAAGAAGGCGAAGGAGAACGCCGAGGCGGAGGCCAACGAGGAGAACCACUCUGAGAACGGAGAGGCCAAGACCAACGAGGUGGAGGCAGCCCCCGAGGAGGCCAAGGACGACGCCAAGUCCGAGUAGCACCACUGCCCCCGCCCCCGACCUCCGACCCCUCCAGCUUCCUCCUCCUACUCUACAUCCACCUCCCCUUCCUCUCCCCCCCUCCCCCCAACCCUUUACCCCUUCCUCAAGUCUCUCACAUGGUUUCCCCCCUCCGAGGCGUAUUGUUAACAGAGGAAUAUUUUUAUCAAUGAUUUUAUAAGUAUCCGUACAGAUUUUUAGCACAAAAAAGCGAAGCUGAUAAUGGAGCGCCCUGGCAGACUUGCAGUGGUCAUAUCAAGUGUCUGCAGGCAAGGAAUAAAGAAAAAAAACCACACUAAAAUCUUUUUUAAAUGGCAUUUCAUGAUUGUUGAAGGCUUGUUUGGUGUAGAAAGCGUGUCCCUUGUUGCCGGAUUGGCUAAUGUCGUGAGUUGUGUAUUACUGUGUUUAUUUCCCCUCCGACUCCCCGAUCUCUCUCUCUCUCUCUUUCUCUCUCUCUCUUUUCCUCCCUCCUUCUCCUGCUCUGCCCCACAAAUUAGACUACCCACACCCGCCCCCCCUCCCGACAGAUCAGCCUUUGUCCAUCUUUUAUUAACGGUUCAGCCAUGUUCAUGUGGGUGAUUCUUUUAGACCUCUAAAUGUGCAGUGAGUUCCCCGCUCUCUCUCUCUCUCCCCUCUUUUUUUUUGUUUUUUCGGUUCCCCCCCCCCCCCCCCUUUGGUUUUAUGGUCUUGUUUCUUUUCUCUUUUAUUUCACUCAAACUGUGUUUUAAACAAACAAACGAAGAAAAACAAACAAAAAAAAAAAAGGUGUGCUUAAGCGUGUUGUCCAUAAGAAAGAGGAAGACGAACAAGUGAAACAUUCCGGGAAACAGCGAUUGCCUCCGACCCCCGUCUCCUUAGACGACCCUGCGUGUUAAAUAAGAUUAAAAGAAAAAAAAAACUUUGAAAAAACAAAACAAACAAAAAAAAAUACAGCUCCUGCUCCAUCCGGGCUGUCGCGUCAGCUUUUCUAAACACUCGGUUUUUGGGUUUUUUUGUUGUUGUUUUUUUUUUUUUCUCUCUCUUUACUUUUCCUUUUGUUUGUUUUUAUUGAAUUUGGAUUCCUUCUCUAACUAAUGCAGGUGUCUGGUCCCUCUCUUAUGUUCUGAAAUUCUCUUAAUAAAAACAAGUCCUGGAAAUUUUCCUCGAA